UGUGACGCGAACAGACCCAUACUAGUGGUUUGUUUCACGAACGAGGUGUUACUCUUUGUCGUCUUGUCGAUUUAUGUAGUUGACUGAACUGGAGUUGACUAGAGUUCUGAAGUUAUCGCGAGUUUUGAGGAGUAAUAUUAUUUUCGUGAUAAAUCUGAAUCGAACGAGAAGAGGAAGGCGAGUUCCGCAUUGCGUUCCUUUAAGUAAUCCGUUUUAUUUCCAAGCUGAGCAUCAUGGACGAUUUACAGAAUUAUAAGCUGCAGCUCCAACAGGUGGAAGCGGCUCUCACGACGGAUCCGAAUAACGAGGAAUUGAUAAAGCUGAAGUUUGAUCUGAAGGAAGUAAUAAAGCUGACACAUGAUUUAAUUAAGUCACAACAGCAGGAAAAAAGACAAGCCAAUGGCAUGGACGCUAAAGAUCCUAUUUUGCUUGCAGUUCUGGCCAAUAAGUGGAAAGUCGGCGAUCAGUGUAUGGCACCUUGGAGCGAGGAUGGCAAAUAUUACGAAGCAACUAUAGAUGCAAUAAGUGAAGACGGAAUAGUAAAUGUAACAUUUAAUGAGUACAAGAAUACUGAUGUCACUAUGCUCAGUCAGUUGAAAUCUGUUGCUAAGAGGCCAGCUUCAGACUGGGCGGAUCAAAAAUCAAAAAAAAUGCAAGCAACUGCAGUUGCGGGUUCGGAUCCAAACAAACAAAGGGAAUAUCUCAAGAAGAAGAAGCAGAGAAAAUUACAACGAUUCAAAGAAUUGGAGGAAGAACGUGAAUUAGAAAAGAAUAAGUGGCUAGCGUUUACCAACAAAUCUUCAAAGAAGGGUGUCAUAAAGAAGAGCAUCUUUGCGACACCGGAGAACGUCAAUGGUCGCGUAGGAAUUGGUACCUGCGGCGUCAGUGGUCGUGAAAUGACCAAGUUCAGCAAUGGGGAAAAGUGGAGGCGAGGAGCUUAGAUAACUUAUAUGUAAAUAAAUAGAUAUAACUAACUGGUGGAAGAGAUAGAGAAUUGUCGUGAAAUUAUCGUUAUAUUAUAUAUCAAAGACUCUGAUUCAUAAACGCUUUUGCGUUAUGUGGGCGAACAACACGAAAAGCAUGUUCGUAAUAUUAAUAUCUGUUUCAAAUGGAAUGCAGAUAAUAUCUUCUCUUAGCAGUACCAAUCCUAUGAAUACAGAGACAAUUUCGAUUUUCUACCAUAAUGCAAUUAAAAAAAUAACUACAGCGAAUAAAUGUGUUUUUAGAUUAAAAUAUUUCCAUUAUAAGUAUAACUUGUUUACAACUCAAUUGAUACGAAUAAAUGUAUACUUUAAUGUGCAGUUUUGUUGAAAACAUUCUAAUUUUAAGAAAACGUAUGGCUGUUGUAUAUGUGUGACGUAAAUUAAAUACAAGAAAGAUUAAAGG